GCAAAUCCCAAAUGCUUUGCCCCAGUAAGACAUUAGGGUAGAUCGACAUCUACAAAAAAAAAUGAAACCAGAUUCUGUGAGCUGUACUGUGAGCUAACCCACAUACGCAUUGGCACCCAGCGUGCCAAUUGUGCCGUGACUGUCGAGGAAGAGGCAGCAUACAUGUGUUAGUGAGGUUAACAGUUUUGCGUACCAGCGGUAAGUGGCCAGCGCAAGUGAUGCGUCCCCGUUUUACGUCACGCACCCUUCUGCCGGGCCUUACCACCAAGUGUACCUAACAGGGGACCAUCAGAUCAACCAGAAGGAGCAUUAGGAGGUUGGCAGUGUGUUUGUGUGUGCAUCACUUUACAGCAACAGUGUCACUUGGUAGGGUCGGGGCUAGAGUUCAAGAGGUGUGUCAUAAAACGUACAGCAGCGUGCACGGUAUGGACACUGUAAAAUGUGUACGUUUGCUGAAAUCGCAACCAGACAGCCGGACACCCAAUUCAGUCGUUUCGCGUACAUCCAGCUGGUCAGAUCGGGUCGUGUAGCAAUGAGUUUGGUGCAAAAUUUGAAGUGUACUUACGAUGGAGAAAGUUUUUUGGAUGCAAUGCUAAAAGGUGUUCUAUGUGCAUCAAACCUGUGCAUAAACAAGGCUGAUUUUGCAACAAUCAACAGUGUCGAGAAUAGGAAUGGGCGUCGUCAUCCAUCAAUUCUUCCCGUCAGCGCCAACUGCUGUGUCCCGAGGACGUAAGAGAGAUACGUGCCGGAACAUCAUUUGAAUGUCUUGUUUAGUCCCAAGCUGACAUGCAAGCUAGACCCAACAAUGUACUUCCUAACGCGAGUGUCAUAUAAUAUCAACGGAGAUACUAGGAUCCCUAUCGCGAGCUCCAAGGUGCAUUCGUUUUUAAGCGCCCUUGUAAUGAAGGACACCACUGUAUCGCCGCCUGCAUCGGUCAGCAAUACACACUUCCACCAGCACCACCAUCCAUAGCCACCCUCCAGCGUACGGCUCUGGAUGGAGCAGAGGAUGAAACGCUUUACCAGUCGUUGCCUGGGUUGCUUCACCUGGCAGGAGCGGCCGGAUCCCGGCUCGGCCCCGAACGAGCCCGUUUAUAUUCCGCUGCUCGCCCCGCUACCGCUACACACCCUGCAGCGCGUCCAGCUGCCGGCCGGACUCCCGGACGACGGCCGGUCCGCCAGCGAUCGGAAACGCUGGUGGACGUUCAGCCAGUUUGUUACGCACGAGCAAAACUAUCUGGACGCGCUGCACAAACUGCAAUACGAACUGUACAACCCGCUGCUGGUGGACGAUGCCAUCGUCGAUCGGAACGUUUCGUACGCCAUCUUCGCCGUCCAUCGGCAGAUCUGCCGGCUGCACCAGUUUCUGCAGCCGCUGCUGGAGCGAUGCGUGCACGGGUGGGACGAGCGGAAUCGCUCGAUUGGCUGGCUGGUGUGGGCAAUCGUUGGCCAGCCGGCCCUGCUGCCCCUUUAUCGAUCCUUCGCCAGCGGCUACCCGGACGCGGUCGGACGCUUCGCGCAAGAAAUGACGCGCAACUUUCUUUUCUCCUGGUUUGUCACCGGCCGGCUGCGCGGGCUGGGCGAGCGGCUCAGCUUCAGCGACUACUUCAUCGCGCCGGUGCAGCGUCUGCCCCAGCUCGUGCUGGAACUGCGCGAGCUGAGCGAGGCCACGCCCGCGUCCGACCCGGACCGGGCGGUUCUGGAGCGGUGCGUCCAGCGGGCGGUCUACCUUGCCGAGCAGCUGAACGUGGCGCGCGAACGGGCCGACCUGAUCCAGCGGGUGGUCGGUGGCGAUAGGCGCAGGUGCCAGUUCCUGCACAGCGAGCUGCUGGUGGAGACUGGCUUCGAUGGCCGGCCUUCCGGCCCCCGGUGGCGGCUGGUCGUGCUGCUCAGCGACCGGUUGGUGGGUGUCGAUCCGGCACAAGGCGAUUUGAAGUGGGCAAUACCGCUGCAGGAGCUGCAGGUGGCCAGUCGACCGACGGACGGGUCCGUUUGCUCGCACGACACAUUCGGGUAUGUACGCGACUUUCAAACCGUAACGCAGAUGCGGGAGCUGGUGUGCACCUUCCACCAUCAGCAGCCGACGCUCGGCGAGGGAGUUUUCGCCGAGAUCCUAGAUACAAUCUGGUCCAUCGUGCUGCCGGCCAAGCAAACGAAAAGGGAAGCAACCUCACUGCAGGUGCGAGGAGCGUCCGGCGAGUGGCACUACCUGAAGACGGGCGAUGCUGCCAGGAAACAGGAAUGGCUCGACUGGUUACGGCUGGCCAGGCUGGCUCUUCAUCCCACCAACGCCACUGCUUGGUGGGCCGGCGCCGCACACCUCCCGCAGGAGGCACCGCUCGAGCGACCCCUUCUUGUGCGCACGUUCCGGGCCGGCGACGGUUGCGGUGUCUGGAGCGUGAGUGGCACAAGACAAGCACACUGCACAACCACAAACACCCACCUCCCCACCUUUCCCUGGUAUCCGCAGGUAUCGGGCGGCUGCUGUUACGUGCCGCGCACCAACUCGCCCGCCUACACGAACGAGCUGUACCGCGCGUGGUCCACCGGGAAGCACAUCCUGUGGAUCGGCAGCAGCCGAGCGGCUGACGGGGACGGAGAUGGCAGCGGCAGCAGCCGCAUCUCGCUGUACACGCACGACCGCACGACGCACGCGGUGGACGAGCGGGCGUGCUUCACGCUGGCGCACGCGCAGGUGACCUGCCUCGAGCACGUGCCUGCCGGCUCGGUGGGCGACGUGCCGCCCGAUACGGUGUGGAUCGGCACGCGCCGCAAGCUGCUCAUCUACUCGGCCACGCUGCCGCUGGUGGGCGCCCGGUUGGGCCAGCUGCGCGUCAAGGGCACGCCCAACCGGCUGCUGUACAGUGCGCGCCGCCUGCUGCUCGGUACCGGCACCGGGCGGCUCCUGAUCUUCUCCAUCCGGCCGGACGGCGUGUGGGACCUGCGCACACCGCAACAGCUAUGUCUGCACGGUGGCUCGGUCGAGGCGAUGGUUCCACAUCGAUCGCUCGUCUAUCUGGCGGCCGGUACGCGGCUGCACGUGUUCGACAGCGUCGCUGGGCUGGUGGUGCAAACGAACCGCUCGCCCGCAACGACUCCGGCCGAUCGGCAAGCGAUCGUGCUGCUCCGGUGCACCAUCCACGGCCUGUGGAUUGUGCGGCAUCGGUCGAGCGCGAUCUCGCUGUACCAUGCGCGCUGCUUCAAGCAUCUACUGGACGUGGACGUUCGGGAGCUUGCCGGGCCGGUUCUUGCCAACGUCCAGCUGUCGGUCACAUCGCUCGCGAUUGCGGACGAUCGGCUGCUGUGGGUGGGCACGAAUGCCGGUGUCGUGCUGUCGAUGCAGCUGCCCGCCCAUGCCAGCGUGCCCAUCAGACCCGACCUGCACGGAGUCGCCUGCCAUGGACAUCUGCGCGAUGUGAGCCUGAUCCUGCCGAUGCCCUCGCUACGGAUGCGGUCAGCCGAAGGGGUUGACACAGUCCUGGAUCCCGCACUGAUAGACCUUCUGUAUGGGGGCACCAGAAACGGCGCUCGCGACUUCGUUGUGCGCAUGGUGGGCGUUCAGGUCGACCAGAUUGGCUACGUCGACACAGACAGCGAAGGGAGUCGUUGCGAUCAAACCCCAGCCUCGGAGGAAGAGGAGGAGUCGUGCGAACGGAAAGAGCACGAAGCGACCUGGGCUCCCAACUCCACGCUGAUCGUUACUGGCGGGCAAGGUUACGGACGAUGGUACCCCAAAACGACGGAUACGUCAGGCCUCGGCGAGUCUACUGACUGGACGAAAGAACCAAUCGAUGAGCAGGAAAACCUAAUUCUGUGGGAGAUGCGGCUGACUUAACGGGCGCGUUCAAUGUUGAGUGCAUGCUCGCUGUUGCUUGUUGUCACUGUAGGCUUUAAUCCUUUUCACUGACUGACUCUUUGAACUCAUCCAACUCCAUAGAUGUGAUUAGACACAACUGCUACUAACAAAACCUCUCUUCCAUUUACUUAUCCCCAACUGCUGAAUGUCUAGUGAUGGGAACAGAUGAAGAUUUCUGGAAUCAGCGUCUGGAAUCGGAGUCGAUUUCGGCAUCUCCAUGAGUGUAGGCGUUUGGGUCCUAUGCUUUGCUCGUAAACGAUCCAUACUGAUGGAGAUUCCGAGACUGAUAUUACUUCUGAAACAUCUGAAUUCAAUUCCAUAACUGAUUCUGAUUCCUGAGGCUAUUCUGAAUUUGAUUCCUGAGUCAAUUCUGAUGCCAGAAUCGGAGUCGGCUCCGGAAUCAGCUUCAAAAUCAGCCCCGGAAUAGGCUCCGAAAUUGGAAUCGACUCCAGAAUUGGAAUCGGCUCGGGAAUUGAUUCCGUACGCGGAGUUCCGAUUGUGAUCUCCCACCAUUAGCCUGAAUGAGUAGUUGCAAGAUCUCCAAUGAAUGGCUAGGUAGUAGUAAAUACAUGUUUAACAUAGAGCAUAUAUAAUUCAGAAUGCUUAAUAUGAUGCACUACUUGUAGGACAAAACUUAACGAUAUAAACUUCAGUUACUUGGGAUAUCCCACUAAGUGUCUACCAGUAGAAGUCAUUCAACGUCUCCAUUGUACCAUUGUACCUAACAACCAGAUGUAACACACUACUAAUGUCAACGCAAAGCCAUUUCCAUACUCGGCUGUUAAAGAUUGAUGUGAUUAAUAAAACCCUCCAUGUAGUGUUAGCGGAUCUAACACCUGUUUGUAGCGUUGAUAACACUACCACCAUCUAACCAUCAGAUAAGCGACGAACCCCGAGUGGAUUUAAAUAAUGUUUUUGGCAAGUUUUCUUCUUUGCAGAACCCGAGGACGCACAUGAAGAAUUUGGCGAUUGAAAUCAUCCCCCCCCCCUCUCAGUUGGAAGUCUUUCAUCUCCAACAGUUCCUUUGUGUGUCUGUGUGUGUGUGUGAUUGCGUCUGUGUGGCUGUGUGUGUGCUCUUGUUUUUUUGAAGAUGCUUUCCCCUGGGGGGCGUGUAAACUGCGAAAGCAAACUGUUUUUUUUUUACCAGAGUUCACCGUAAUCACUUGUUCCCUUUUCCAUCUCGACAGGGCGUAUUCAUCUUCAACAUCGUGCAGUGGACACCGAUCAAGUACCUCGGCUACUCGUACCCGCUGUGGGCGCACGCGUUCGGCUGGUUCACCGCCCUGUCGUCCAUGCUGUGCAUCCCGGGCUACAUGAUCUGGCUGUGGAGAAACACCCCCGGCGAUCGCGCUAA